GGGAAGGGAGGAGGAAGAAUCCUUCCUGGUAUCCUGCAGCGCUUCCACCAGGUCCUCCUUCUCCAUCAUGUACCGCGCCGCAACAGUCAUCCUCGUCAUGGCCUUGGCAACAUUGACUCUCGCCAAGUUCGCCUGGGAGUUGCCCAUCGACUAUGAGUUGUCGCUCAGCUCGCCCCUCGACACCUCCUUCACCUGUGAGGGCCGCUCCUACGGUUACUACGCCGACGUCGACAACAACUGUGAAAUUUUCCACGUGUGUCUCCCCGUCGCCGAUGCCAGUGGGACGGUGGUUAUCACACUGCAGUACACCUUCACCUGUGGCAACCAGACCAUCCUCAGCCAGGAUACCGCCACCUGUAAAUUCAGAGAAGACGCUUUCCCCUGCGACCAGGCACCGACGCUGUACGACGUCGUGAACGAGGAGUUUGGCAGGAUCCCGGAGCCUCUGGAGUAAACCCUUCAUGAUGCGAGUCCGAUGAUGUCUCACCUCACUCACUCGUACGAUACGCUAACCUUGUCUUGACCCUGGACAGCUGAAGUUACUACCAUACCCUGGUUGACCUAGGAUGACCCAGACCACAGCAGUUGACCUGUCUGCCCCCCUUCCCUAACUGUACACAAAAUAAAGAAAUUCUCAAGCCA